AUGACGGGCUGCGAGUAUGAGCGGCACCGUGAGGACACUUUUUUCAUCACGACGAGCGAAGACGAGCUUGUUGAGGCAGCUGCAGUGCUGUCAUCCCUUUCGCGUGAGAGCCAGCAGCUCCUGGGUACAGAUGCCGCCGCAGUUGUGGCGAAUGCCGCAAAAGAAGUUGCGUUCUACCACGAGAAUGCGGAGGAAAAUGGGGAAGCCGCAGCAUCCGAGCCUGUUAAAAGUGCAGGGCCCCAUUAUGCACACAAUGCCCUCACAGUUCUUUCGGCAGCUGGCAAAACUCCUGGCGGGAGCGAGACCAAGUUGAUCAAGAGCAGCACAUUAGUCGACGGGUGGUGCUUCAUCGAAGGAGCGCCUGCUGAGGAAAAGAAGAUCAAUCGAGGCACCACGGCUACGGAUUCUGUAGUCGCAUCUACUGCGCCGGAUAGUGAUAAAAAUGGCCAAGAAGAAGUCGUCCCACGGCCCGGCUACUACUUCAAUCCCUUCAGGUUUCGGCUUCGACGGAAUCUUCCUCGAGAAUUGAAAACACAUGUGGCACGGCGACAACGUCCUGCGGCUCGCCGCACUGUCCAUCACAUGCACUAUGACAACGCCGUCUUUUCGCACUUCGAGUACACGUACCGGAGCUGGGGCAAAGCGGGUUCGAGCCAGCCCGUCGGUUCAUACACUUUUGUCCGGAAAGAGCCCAUCGAGCCGCUGAUCGGCCACUUGCGGCAUCCAUUGGCAGGCUGCGAAAGUCUUUUGCCAAAUUUCGAAGAUGGGAGUGAAACAGAAGCAGGCAUAGAUGCGGAGACUAGUAGUUACCAGAAAGGCGGAGCAGCCGGCAUGGUCGAACCCGCUGCCAAACACACUGACAUUUCUUCUACAAAAGGGGACCCUACUAGCGCCUCGUUCCCCGAGGCGUUUUUCGUCCAGGAUCCGAGUUUUGUCUUGCCAGUUACUGCAGAUUCCGUCCUGCUCCCGCGAAAAAACUCGUCAGCGGCCGCUGGUUUGAAACUGUAUUUCGACUUUGGUGCUGGGCAGUACUCCGGCAACGUUUCUCGCACUUUCGCCUCGCUGGCGAGCACCUGGGAACGGAGCGGGAAUUUUGAAUUUGACGCCAUGGAAGGUUGGGAGCCCGGCUGCGGUGACCACGACGCCACGUAUGCCGCAGCGGCGAAAAUUAUAGAGCCGGAGUUGCAUUCUGACCGCGAAAGAGCACCUCUCGCCUCAUCGACUCCUUCUGUUCUUCCAGAAUCGCACGAAAUCGGCAGAAUAAAAACGCAGCGGGGCGGAGAAGGCGUGGAAAAGAAAAACGAUAAGAAAUCCGACAAAAAACCUUGGUUGCUUGGGGGAAAGAUGAAAGAACUCUUUCGAGACGAUUUUCUCUCAAGUCUGCCACCGCACCUCCGCGAUCGGAUGGACAUCGGCCUCACUUCGGUUGUGCUACACCAGUACCCGAUUGCGCAGUUUCCCGAGCGCAGACAUCAGUGGCUCCCUUCCCUGUUGCAAGCCAGAGGGCAGCAGCAUCCCUACCGGGGAGGAGGCAGAAGGCAAG